AGAGACUACAAGUACAACUACACUCAAUGGUAAACCCCACACAAUCGACGGUCCUCAGUGAAUAUAACAAAAGCUGCUUUGAGACUUUAACCAAGUAUAUUUAUCUGCUCCAAUCCUUUAGCUUCCUUCCUUCCUUUAGCUUCCUUUCUCACUGCUGUGUUUCCUGACAAAAUCAAGAUCAUGGUGUCGUACGGUGGCUUGGCGGUGACAAUGGUGGUGGUCGUGGUUACAGUGCAGUUGUUGGGUUGCAACUUUGCAGAAGGGUAUCCGGAAGAAGAACUUGUGGUGAGGCUUCCUGGUCAACCAAAAGUCUUAUUUAGACAGUAUGCAGGUUAUGUCGAGGUUGACUCCAAAACAGGCCGUAGCCUCUUCUACUAUUUUGUUGAAGCAGCCACACAACCUGAGACCAAACCCUUAACCCUUUGGCUUAAUGGAGGUCCAGGUUGUUCAUCAGUUGGUGGAGGAGCUUUCACUGAGUUGGGUCCAUUUUACCCAACAGGAGAUGGCCGUGGCCUCCGCAUUAACCCCAUGUCUUGGAACAAAGCCUCGAACCUGCUUUUUGUGGAGUCUCCGGCAGGAGUUGGUUGGUCGUACUCCAACACAAGCUCUGAUUACAACACCGGGGACGAAACUACUGCAAAAGAUAUGCUUGUGUUCUUGAUGAGAUGGUUCAGCAAGUUCCCAGAAUUGAAAGCUCGUGACUUCUUUCUCACUGGGGAAAGCUACGCAGGACAUUACAUACCUCAACUGGCUGAUGCUAUACUCAGCUAUAAUAGACAGUCAAGUGGGUUCAAGAUCAAUGUCAAAGGAAUUGCAAUUGGGAAUCCACUUCUAAAGCUGAACACAGACACUUCGGCUGUUUACGAGUACUUAUGGUCGCAUGGCAUUAUUUCGGAUGAACUUAGACUAGAAAUCAUCAGUCAGUGUGAUUUUAACAAUAUACCAAACGUAAGCAACGCGUGCAUCAAGGCAGCCACUGAAGCUGGCGUCGUUUCUCAGUUUAUCGACGUGGAUGAUGUUCUCCGAGACUUAUGCUACCCAUCCAUUGUCCAGCAAGAGCUGAGGCUCAAGAAAAUGGCUACACACAUGAGCAUAGGGGUGGAUGUUUGUAUGACUUACGAAAGAAAGUUCUAUUUCAAUCUCCCAGAGGUCCAACACGCUCUUCACGCCAACCGCACUCGUCUGCCUUACGAAUGGUCUAUGUGCAGCACCCUGGUAAAUUACCAUGGCAUCGACUCGAACAUCAGCAUGCUUCCGCUUCUAAAGAGAAUUAUACAGAACAAAACUCCUGUUUGGAUUUUCAGUGGCGAUCAAGAUUCUAUAGUUCCAUUUCUUGGUACUAGAACCAAUAUACGAGAACUUGCUCAUGAUCUUAACUUCAGUACCACACUUCCCUAUGGACAUUGGUUCCACAAAGACCAGGUUGGCGGCUGGGUCACUGAGUAUGGAAAGCUAUUGACGUUUGCAACAGUGAGAGGAGCGGCUCAUAUGGUGCCCUAUGCGCAGCCCGCAAGAGCUCUCCAUAUGUUCAGUUGCUUUGUGCGUGGACGAAGAUUGCCCAACAACACACAUUACCCUCAUGAUGAAUGAGAGAGAGGAGAUUGUCUCUUUAUUGUUAACAACCUAUAUAAAGACAAUGGCAUGGCGUAGUUAUCAUUGUAAUAAGUUACUAUUGAGAAGUGUUACUUUUCUAGAGUAAGAGAUAUUGGAUUCCAAUUUGGGAUUUCAUAGACUUAAGGGCAACAUUAUUGGUGUCCUUAAUUUUUGGAUC